GUGACUGGCUGCAAGGGCCGUACGCGUUGCUGCACUUACCUUCAGGUGACGCUGGAGUUUGAUGCAGAAGCUUUGGAACUCGUGAUAUAAUAGAGAAGGCGCUAUAAGGAGUCCGGCGAGCUUCUGACAUCCACCACAGCCAUGAUUGACUACAGCGAGUACGCCGAGGAGGGUUUGUACACCAAGAAGGAGAAGUCUGCCUCUUCACUCCUCUUUACCUUCAUCUUCAGUCACUUUGGGCUAUUUAUUCUCGUCAUCCUCUACGCUAUCGGUGGAGCCCACGCCUUCGUAGCAAUUGAGCACCCAAACGAGAUGUUGAUGUACGAGGUAAAGACGACCCGGGCGUUGCAGGUGAACGACGCCACCAAGUACAUGGCCAACCUCUUCUGGUACUACCAGGGCCGCAACUGGACCGACUUUAUGUCCUACAAUCUCACGGUGUACCGAGAUCUCACCAAACUUGAGGCGUUCCUCAUCUCCUCUGUGCAAAACUAUGGCUACGAUGGGACUGUGUAUAAUUGGAUGCAAAGGUGGACGGUGCCCAACGCUCUGCUCUUCACCAUAACCAUCAUGACCACAAUAGGUUAUGGCAACAUCUUCCCGGUAACGGAGUAUGGCAAGUUGUUCUGUAUCUUCUACUCCAUCACCAGCUGCCCGCUUCUCCUGGUCUUCCUCGGCAACCUGGGCAGCUCCAUGGCCCACGCCUUCACCUACAUCUACAGUCGCUGUUGCUGCCGCUGGUGCCGGGGCAGACGGAACUACGAAGAGCUGCCGGCCAACGCCAGCAAGAAGCAGCUGAGACUGUUGAUAGACGAUGAGAUCGGCGAAGAAGAGUACAUGCCCACCAGCAAGGUUGACGUGCCCAUCACCAUCAACCUGGUGUUGCUGUUCAUGUACAUGAUGAUGGGGUCCGGACUGUUUAUGUACUGGGAGGGGUGGACGCUCGGCUCCUCCACCUACUUCACCUUCGUCACCAUCUCCACCAUCGGCUACGGGGACAUGAUUCCCAGCGCCGCCAUCCUCGACAGCCUCACCUUUAGCGCCCAUACCUUCAAGUUUCUCAUCUGCAUCGUCUACAUUCUUCUUGGUAUGGCUAUUCUCUCCAUGAGCAUCAACCUGAUGCAGGAGCAGCUGAUCGCCAAGUGCCGCUGGUUCUCUGCUCAAGUGGGCCUCAGUAAACCUAAGGAAGUCGAGGAAAUCAAACCUGAAGUGAAUACAAAUAAUGACAAAAAGAAAAAGAAAAAGAAGAAGGACAAGAAAAAUACUGACUCGAGGGAACCAGAGAAGCCGCUGCUGCCUGCUGACGACGGAGCUCCUGCUGGGGCCUCGAGGACGGCCUCAGCCACAUCUAGGCUCUCAGCCGCCAUGCCCAUGCCUGAAUCAGAGAUCCCCAAUGCAUUGUCCACAAUGCCUUGAGCUCCAUCUCUAAAAAUCUGUCUCCAGUUCCAGACGCCAGCUGGCUCUUAUCUUUAAGAGGCUUAAUGCUAACUUUCAAACCCUUGACU